UUUUCCUUUUUUGGUCCCUUCUUCAACGGAUAUCAUUUCCCCUUCCAAAUAAACAAAAAUUUUAUUUUUUUCAGUUAUUAUUUUGCCCAAAACCAUUCCCGUGCAGAUUUAAUAUGGAAUGAAAAAACUCGAGAUGAAUUUCGUCAAGCUAUUGCAAAUGAAAUGCGUUUAUUACAACAUGAAUUAGAAUUUGUACAAUCUGAAACUGAAAUAGCUUGGAAUCAUUCUGAAUUUUUGAUUAAUUACAAUUCUUUGUCUGAUGAAGUUAGAAUUGGUGAAUAUUAUUUAAGAUUUUUACUGUCUGAAGAAAAUAAUGUAGAGACGGCUACGCCUAUUCAUAGACCUCAAGAAUUUUUCAACAACAUCUACCAUCGUUUUUUGCUUGCCCAACGAAAUGAGAUGCGUUGUAUAUGUUUACGUGCAAUGGCUAUUGUUUAUGAACGUCAUUGUAUAAGUAUAGGGCCUUUUAGUGAUACUUAUUAUAUUGUUCAUAUGUUGGCAAAAUGUAUUAAUUUGGCUGAAAGAGAUCAUUUAAUUUAUUUAAUAAGCAAGUUAGCUCUGGAUAAGCAAAAUGUUCGUGAUUUAAUUGCUGCAGAUUCUCUUCCCCUUCUAAUUGAUAUUGCUGUAUUAGCACAUUUACAUACUAAUAGAGCUAAAUUACAUGCACAAACAAAUGUUAUUGAAGCACCAAAGGGAACAAUAGAUUCUGAAGAAAGUGCUCCUAAAGAGUGGUAUUAUAAUGAUAAACAAGGACAAAGGAUUGGGCCUUAUUCGUUUCGCAAGAUUAAACAAUUAUUUUGUGAUGGAACAUUAUUCGAAAAAAGCGAAAUUUGGGCUGAAGGUUUGGAUAAAUGGUGUUAUCUGUCAUCGGUCGCACAAUUCCGCUGGACUAUCUGUUGUAAUCAGCAUUCUCUAAUUGGUCAAACAUCUUCAAUUAAGUCGGAUGAGAACGAGAAAUCUAAAGAUAUCGAUUUAUUACCAGUAGCUUUGUAUAAUCCAACAGAUUUGUGUUCAUUAAUUCUUGAUACAUUAAUCCAAAUGUGUUCAUUCUUUCCUUCAAGAGAUGAAACUGGAGCUAUUAUAAGACCUUUGCCUAAAGUAAAGAAAAUUCUUUCGGAGCCAGUUUUGCUAUAUCAAUUAGUUCAACUUUUAUUGACAUAUGAUCCAGCGGUUGUUCAAAGAAUAGGAACUCUAGUUCAUUUAAUUAUGGAAGUAUGUUCGAUUUUUUUUUAA